AUGGCUGAUACACCGUCGUAUCUCACCACCAAGGCUGGAAAGUACGCCCUGGGAGCGUAUCGAGGACCUCUAGAGCAGCAGCAUGGAGACGGAUCCCAAGUCGCACAUGUGGAGCUGACAGAGAGCAGCACGCUGAAGGGGAACGGAAAGAUACGUCGGCAUUGGAUCCGAUUUUGGUGCUGUUACCUGAUCGGUGCCAUUAUCUUUCUGGCAAUUUUCCUACCACUGUUCUUUACCGUCAUCAUCCAGGCGAUCUCCCAGCGAGUAAUCGACGACGCAUCUCUCGUCCUCGUGGAAGCUAAGGUCAUGCAACCCCGGCCAGAAUCUGUUUUGCUCAGCAUCCAAACUGCACUUAGGCUUGGCGUCAACGUCCCUGUACGUCUUGACCCAAAUGUUCUCCACCUAUUCAACAAUGAUCAGCCGGGAAAUAGCACGUAUUUGAAGGUCUAUAACGAUGCUAUAGUCAUACAUGGGAACGCGAGUAUUGGAGUCCAGAACCAGCCAAGCCCGAUAAAUCCUGACCCAUGGAAACAUUACAUUCGCAGUGUGGUGUUCGAGCCACAUGCCCCGUUGUCUGCGUUUGGAACCACCAACAUAUACUUGGGAAAGCUGAAGAGUCACAUCUCGUUGAAGAAGGACCUCCCUCAAAACAGUAAGUGUGGGCCCAGAAGCCAAAAAGACAGAAAUGAAAAAUAG